AUGGGAAGUAAGACCCUGCCAGCCCCAGUGCCUAUCCAUCCUUCCCUCCAGCUCACCAACUACUCCUUCCUGCAAGCAUUUAAUGGGCUUCCCACUGUGCCUUCUGACCACCUCUCCAACCUCUAUGGCUUCAGUGCUCUGCACGCCGUACACCUGCACCAGUGGACUUUGGGGUACCCGGCCAUGCAUCUGCCCCGCUCCUCCUUCUCCAAAGUGCCCGGUGUGUCAAGCCUGGUGGAUGCACGCUUUCAGCUGCCAACCUUCCCGCUCUUCCCACAUGUCAUCCAGCCCAAGCAAGAGGCCACCAAUGUGACCCUCAAAGCCAAACCCCGCUUCGACUUUGCCAACCUAGCAGUGGCUGCCACACAAGAGGACCACUCUAAACUGGGACAGGCAGACAGUCAGGGCUCACCUCCAGGGCUCGGGUCUUUGCUUGAGGUGACUAAACUCUCUCCAGAGAAGAAACCUACACGGGGCAGGUUACCGUCUAAAACCAAGAAGGAGUUUGUCUGUAAAUUCUGCGGCAGGCACUUCACCAAGUCCUACAAUCUUUUGAUUCAUGAAAGAACCCACACUGAUGAACGGCCCUACACAUGUGACAUUUGCCACAAGGCCUUCAGAAGACAGGAUCACCUGAGGGAUCACAGAUAUAUCCAUUCUAAAGAAAAACCUUUUAAGUGUCAAGAAUGCGGGAAAGGAUUUUGCCAGUCCCGAACGCUAGCUGUCCACAAGACACUACACACGCAAGUAAAGGAAUUGAAACCUGCCAAACUUAAGUGCUGA